AUGUCAAAGAUGAAAACAAUUCACUCAUUUUUCAAGAGAAAAGAGAGAAUAUAUGAUGAACAAAAUUCAGCUUCAGAUUCUUUGAGUAAUGUUCAAAAUAUUAUUGAACAACCUGUGACACAACUUGUUGAGCAAGAUAUUCAACCCCCUGCUUCCAAAAUAACAAGGACUGAAAUAGAUCAAGUUAAUAUUGAUACAUUGAUGCGUGAUCCCGGAAAGCGUCCGCAAAUUUGGAAUUAUCCUAUCAAUCAACAAGAUGAAAUCCAUAGAGCAUACAUAAAGUUUGGACCAUAUCAAUUUAUUAUGGAUGAGUACCCUCUUUCUAGUCUAGAAAGUCAUCCUCGUCGUUUCAAAGCUCAUUGGUUUAAGAGUUUUUCUUGGUUAGAAUAUUCGCCAGAAGUGGAUGCUGCAUUUUGUCUUCCAUGCUAUUUAUUUUCUAGAAAAUCAAGUCCAUUCACAUCAGGAGGAUUUCGCAAUUGGAAAAAAGUGAAUAAUGGAAAGGAUUGUGCAUUUUUAUCUCAUGUGGGUAAAUCUCUUAAUUCUCCUCAUAAUAUUGCUGUUAAGUCUUGUAAAGAUUUGCUUAAUCAAUUAUGUCACAUUGACAAAGUAUUGGCUAAACAAAGCUCACAACAAGUUUUAAGCAAUAGAUUGCGUCUUAAAGCCUCUAUUGAUACUGUCAGAUGGUUAACGUUUCAAGCUUGUGCUUUUAGGGGACAUGACGAGAGUCAUGAGUCUCAGAAUCGAGGAAAUUUUCUUGAAAUGUUAAAAUUAUUAGCUUCUUACAAUAAAGAAGUGGAUGCAGUUGUUUUGGAUAAUGCUCCUCAAAAUGCAAUAUACACAUCACCUUCUAUUCAAAAGGAAAUUCUACAUGUUUUUGCUAGAAAGGUGCAAAAUGAAAUUCGCAAUGAGAUUGGUAAUGCAAAAUUUUGUUUGAUUGUUGAUGAAGCUAGAGAUGAAUCUAGAAGAGAACAAAUGGCACUUGUUGAUAGAUUUGUUGAUAAGCAUGGAUUUGUCAAAGAAAGGCUAAUAGAUGUUGUUCAUGUCAAAGAUACUACUUCUGCUACUCUAAAACAAGAGAUUUGUUCUGCAUUAUCUCAUCACAAUCUCAACAUUCAAAAUGUUCGAGGUCAAGGGUAUGACGGAACUAAAUGUCCUUAUGCAUAUUAUGUUCAUUGCUUUGCUCAUCAAUUACAGCUAGCUCUUGUUGCCACGGCUAAAGAAGUUGUUGAUGUUCAUGCUUUUUUCCAAAGUUUGAGUAAUAUUAUCAAUGUUGUGUGCUCUUCUUGCAAACGCAAUGAUGAAUUACGAUCUGCUUAUGCAACUGAAAUUUCCCAUUUAGUUGCAACUAAUCAAAUUGAAACAGGAAGGGGAGCAAAUCAAAUUGGCACAUUAAAAAGAUCAGGAGAUACUAGGUGGAGCUCUCACUUCAACUCAAUUUGUAGCCUUUUACGUAUGUUUGGAGCAACAACUUCAGUUCUGGAAGAUUUGGCUACUAAUGGAUCUACAUAUUCUCAACGUGGUGAUGCUACUUAUGCUCUUAAAUCUUUAUUAUCAUUUGAUUUUGUUUUCAUUUUGCAUAUGAUGAAAGAAAUCAUGGGAAUCACUGAUAAACUUUGUCAAGCAUUGCAACAAAAAUCUCAAGACAUUUUGAAUGCUAUGCAUCUGGUUUCUAGUACAAAGUCAUUGAUUCAACAGUUAAGAGAUAGUAGUUGGGGAGCACUUUUGGAGAAAGUUGGUUCUUUCUGCAAUGAUCAUGCUAUUCAGAUACCUGAUAUGGGUGCUUCUUUUAGUGACAUAAUUCGGUCUCAUCGUAAAAAGGAUGUUGUCACUGUUGAACACCACUAUCGUGUUGACAUUUUUACUAGCGUGAUAGAUUUUCAAUUGAAAGAGCUAAAUAGUAGAUUUAGUGAGCAAGCAACCGAGCUCCUCAUAUUGAGUACAUCUUUAGAUCCUAAAGAUGCUUUCAAGUUAUUCAGUGUUUGCAACAUAUGCAAUCUUGCAAAGAAUUUCUAUUCUUUAGAUUUUUCUGAGCAAGAAAAGAUUCAAUUGGAUUAUGAGUUACAACAUUAUGAACUUGAUGUGGUUAAAGCUCCAGAUUUUCAGAAUUUGUCUACUCUUGCUGAAUUGUGUCAAAAAUUGACAGAGACAGGAAAAUCAAAUAUAUAUCCUUUAAUUGAUAGAUUAAUUCGUCUUGUUUUGACUCUUCCUGUGACAACAACAACAACUGAAGGGGCCUUUUCAGCUAUGAAGAUUAUUAAAACAAGGCUUCGAAACAAGAUGGAAGAUGAAUUUUUAGCAGAUUGUAUGAUUGUAUAUAUUGAAAAGGAAAUUGCUUCAAAAUUCACUUCAGAGAUGAUAAUUGAUGAUUUUAGUUCCAUGAAGCAUCGUCGAGCAAAUACAAGAAGAAAGAUCCCUACCUUUCAUGAAACUGACGAAAGAAUCCUCCAAAGGCUAAGAAGAGAAGCAAGAGAAAAAAAUGUUGCUGGAGAGGAAGAAUCAGAUGAAGAAUAUCAUGAAUUGGAGGAACACUCAACAAAUCCAACAAAUCCACCAGUGAGAUUGGCCAACAACAAUGGUCAACCCCAGAGGAGAGUCUUGGCUUCAUAUACAUUUGCUAAUCCAAGGCAUUGUGGGAGUAGCAUCCUUACCCCAAAUGUCGAUGCAAAUAACUUUGAAUUGAAGCCCCAACUCAUCACCUUGGUGCAGAACAACUGUUCUUAUGGAGGAGGCCCCUUGGAAGAUCCAAACCAGCACCUAUCCACCUUCCUGAGGAUUUGUAACACUGUCAAAACCAAUGAAGCACUUGAACAGAUGCCAGUGUAUGCCAAAUUUAUGAAGGAAGUGCUGACAAAGAAAAAGUCCCUAAAAGAAGGACAAAUUGUUGAGAUGACAAAGGAAUGUAGUGCUAUUCUCCAAAGAGAGUUACCAGAGAAGAAAGAUGAUCCUGGGAGUUUUUAUAUACCUUGCACUAUAGGAGACAUAACAAUUGAAAAGUCAUUCUGUGACCUUGGUGCAAGCAUAAACUUGAUGCCUUUGUCUCUAAUGAGGAAACUUCGAAUUUGUGAGCUGAAAUCCACACGAAUACUCCUUCAAAUGGCUGACAAAUCCAUCCAGCAAGCAGUUGGAGUUGUAGAGAAUGUGCUGGUAAAAGUGGGAAAAUUUCUUCUCCCAGCUGAUUUUGUCAUUCUGGAUAUGGAGGAGGACCCUAACACCCCCAUCAUCCUAGGGAGGCCUUUUCUUGCUACGGGCAGAGCACUGAUAGAUGUUGAAAAAGGGGAAUUGUUGCUGAGAGUGCAUGAUGAGCACCUAGCAUUCCAUGUGUUUAAAACCCCACAUGAGCCCACUCAAGAAGAAGAGUGUACGGAGGAUAAGGCCAGAGAUCAAAGCUUGAAGGAGGUAGUCAAUGAGUUAGCUCCAAGACUUCCAAAUCCAUGCUUGAAAGAAGUAGAGAUGGUGCAACAGACCAAAGAAAUCAAGGAGGAACUAGAUCCAAAACUUCCAGAUGAGAAAUUCAACAUCUCAGAUAAGGAACCACCAAGAUCCGAUUCAAUACCAAUCCCCUUUUACUCUUCUGUUUAA